AUGGCAUCAGCAGAUCAGUCGCAAGAACAUGCUGAUUGGCGCGCCAGACAGAAAGAGAGAGAAAGGGAGAGACGACGGAUGAGGGAUAGGCAAAGAAGGCAAUCCAUGAGUGUGGAGGAGAGGGAGAAACAUUUGGCCAGGCGGCGUAAGAACUACCAGUUGAGAAGGCAAAGAGCAGCCACUGCCACAGCUCAACUCGGCUUUGGAGCCCAAACUAAUAUUAGUAGUGAGUUUGCUAGCAGGACUAAUCGAGGUAUUGAAUUAGAAACAUUCACGAGUGAGAACAAUCUGGAUAUCGUUUGUGUUUCAGAUGUCAAACACCUCCAACGCGAUGAAGCAGCCUUAGAAGAGAUGAGGUUUGAUGAGGAUGACAACGGCGCUGAUGUUGACAUUGUUGGCAAAACGAAGUUUCAUUCACCAUACAGAUAUCCAAGACUGCCGCGUCUACAUCAAAUCAAAAAGCUCGCCAGAGGAGGCUUGAAUGCUUUUGCAUCAGAUGCGGAGUUGACUAGUAAACAAGCUUUUCUUGGAAACAACAUUAGGUUAGUUCAUGUCAAACAUCUCGCGCGGGCCCUGAAUUCAAGCGUGGGAAAAGAUUGUAAGCAACAAUUUCAAGGACAAGAAGAUAUUGUUUCAAGGAUGAAUGAUGAGAUGUUCUGAUCAGGACAAGAAGAUAUUGUUUCAAGGAUGAAUGAUGAGAUGAUAGGUGACGGAGGUGCUUUCUGAAACGAAGCUGCCGAUUGAUGCUUUUCAGCUUAGAAAGAAUAUUGAACCACCCUCAGAACAUCAAAAUGACCUAGGUUUUUCACUCAAAUGCGCAGACUUUUGCAUUAGGGAAGCUAGUUUUAUUGAAUAUGCGUAUUAAGAUUUUAGCAGCAUUAUCCGAUCUGGCUUCAUGAUUAGCAUGGAGAUGAGUUUGUGCCCUUUCCUACCCGGGGCCAGAAACUCUUACUAGAUGUGCAAAACUUUUGAAACUGUGAGUUGAAUGGUGAUGAUAUUUAGAAGGAUAAGAGGGGAUGACUUCUAUUUUGUAUUACAUUCUCUUAAAUUGAGUAGUUGAACGAAUGAGGUGCAAUCACAGUGGGGUAACGAGGGCGAAGCGGAAGCAUAAGGCCCAAAAUCAGCCCUCAAAAUGCUUUGCAAGCGAGUGAUGUGGGGGGAACAAUGGAGCCCCCAGACCAGACCCCUGUGCAGCUUUGCCUGCAACUUGCAAGUUCCACACAGAUAAGUGCUCUUGGAUGAGUGGAAGACUUUAAAGUCUUCUCUAUCAUAAAAGCAUGCCGCUUUUGGAUUCACUAAAGGAUCCUCCCUCUAAAAUGAUUUCAGUAUAUACAGUUUUAAAUUCUGAGAUAUUGAUUACUUUUGGUUACAUGUGAAAUGGGAAAGCAAUCAGAAUCGGUCAAAGGUCAUAUAUUUCGUCUACUAUCAACCAAAAUAAUCCACGUUGUGGGAUGCCCGUUUUGAUUUUCUGUCUGGAAUGGCUCCACUUUGGAUUAAGUUCCAGCAGUAUAUAAGCAGGAUGAGGGGGUACACAGAUUGGAUAUCAAACUCAAUAAGGAUACACACAAAAAAUUUAGCAAAAAAGUUACUAGUAAAUAUGCCGAGAAAGGAAACACUUGUUGUAGCCUUUGCGUGGCUGCUUGUAGCAUUCGCAUUUGCUGUCACUUGCGCAGCUACCACUGCUCCUGUCCGUACUUCUGACCCUGCAGCGGUUGCUCGAGGUAUCCAAAAAAAAAAGAGAUCAAAUUCUUCUUCCUUUCUUGGUUAAUUUUGAGUUUAGAAAUUGGCAUAAAUCGGAAUUCUACAGAAGGUUUUGAUCGUAAUUAAUCCAGCCCGGUUGUGAGCUUUCCAGCCUUCUUCCUCUCAAGUUUCCCCGAAACGUAAACUUUAUUGCAUCCCUUUAAUAUUUGAAAAUUUUGUUGUUUCAUUCUGCUGACAAUCUUCUUUUUUUGUUUUAAAAAAAAAAAAAACACAGGCUGCAGAUGCUGCAUGUUCCAGUGGAAACCGAUGAUUCGCUGCGUCCAAGUUUGCUGUGGAG